UUUAAUGGUCUUUCAGGUUAGAAUAGCUCAGUCUCCCCAUUGCACAUUAGGAUCCGAGCUCUCUGUCACCCCACUGCAUUGCAGGCUAGUACAGCUCCGCGUCUCGAUUUGCAGAGUACUUUAACACAGUUUGUCCCUGCAGUGUAGUAAUUCAGAGCAUUUUUUCUGUCCGUUUACAGAGGCAAUUAGUACGUUCCCUGUCUCUCCGGUGCAGUAAAUCAUAGUUCCGUCUUUACAUAAUAAUUUAGCACGCUGUCUCCAGUGCAGUAAUUCAGAGCAGUUCUGACUCUGUGUCUCUCCAGUGCAGUAAGUUAGAGAAGUUCCCUGUCCCUACAGAAUAAUUUAGCACGCUCUGUGUCUCUCCAGUGCAGUAAGUUAGAGAAGUUCCCUGUCCCUACAGAAUAAUUUAGCACGCUCUGUGUCUCUCCCAUGCAAUUUCAGACAGCUCUCAUAUCUCAGCUCCCUCCUCUAGCUGCACAAACACGUGUCUGACUCUGAAUGAACUGAUCGCUUCCGGGUUCCCUUUCCACUCCCCCUCCCCUCCAUCAUCCCUCCUCCACUUGGAAAGCGGCUGCUUAGACAGGAACCCAGGCGGUCAGUAGGAUUGGCCAUGCCAUUUCAGCAGCUGAAAGAGUCUGAUGGUCUGAUUGAAACACAACUGCCCAGCCAUAUGCAACGGAUUGAAUUUGAUAAGCUACAGUUGUCUUCUGUCUAUGACGAUAAGUAUGUUGAGGGAACAAUUUUGAUGAAGUAUCCGUCACAUGAGCUGGGAACGGGAGAAAAAGCAUUCAAAAUGGUAUUGGAAGAGUCAACUACACGACAGCCAAUGUCCAACCUGUCAACCAUUAACACCUUUGUUUUUGGAAAGUUGGUGGAUGACUGUGAACACACACUUAAACAAGGGGACAAAGUAGUGCUCAGCAAGUUCCUAGUCAGGAAGUCAGCAAGUGCCAGUAAAGAUGGAAGACAUGUUUUACAGCUUGAACUUUCCGAAGAGACGGGAGCAACAGUGUUCGUAUAUGCCAAAUCGAUGAAAGAACCAACAGCAGCUCAUAAUGUUAAUCUGCCGAUCAUUGAAAGGUCUAAGAUCAGAAUGCAUGAUUACACUUAUAUACCGCUAAAUAAAGUCAAAGGUGGAAUCACUGUGAAUGUGUAUGGUGUUGUUAAAUUCUUCAAGCCUCCAUAUCACAGCAAAGGAACAGAUUUCUGCUCCACAGUGACAAUAGUGGAUCCUUCUAAUGCAAGACUCAAUUGUGUGCUUUUCAGUGGGAAUGUUGAUUUACUUCCUAAAAUCCACAAAAUGGGAGAUGUGGUUCGAUUCCAUAGAAUCAAGAUACAAGAAUUCAACAAAGAGCUUCAGGCCAUCAAUGCCCCUGGUUUCUCAGCUUUGACAUUUGACGGAACUCCGGGAGCACCCCUGAAACCACGGACAACCAGCAAAUCAUAUCAGUUCACUUCUACUGACCAGAGAACGGUGGAGGAGCUGCGCAAAUGGGCAAGCGCAGACCCUUCCAUCCACAAGCCAACCAUCAGACUCUCGGAAGUGAAACCUGCUGAGUAUUUUGACCUGACCUGUCAACUUAUUGCAAAAGCUGAGGUGGAUCGAUCUGCUGUUCUGCUGAAGGUUUGGGAUGGCACUCAAUGCCCUCACCCACUGUGGCAGGUGCCCGUGGAUGCGAGUGCUCUGGAGGGAGAUCCUGCUGAUAUCCAUCGACUGCGCACGUUGGCUGUGGAUGUACUGGUUUAUGAUAACCACAUCGGAGCUGCAAACCUCCUCAAGGUGGGAAUGUACCUGACAAUCCACAACCUUCACGCCAAGCUAAUAACGCCGACCACUGAGAAACCGAGCAUCAGUCUGGACCCUGUGCCAGAGAUGGGAUUCCACCUUCACGGAGGAACUUCCUAUGGGCGAGGUAUCACAAUAAUGCCGGCAGACUGCAGCGCCGUUCAGCAGCUCAAGCAGUCUUUAGAAUCUGCUCUGUCUGCAGACCAAGAUAGUCUGGGAGAUCUUUCACUGCUAGACAUUCUUAACACUUCAAAAAGACCAUCAGCAUCUGAAGCAACUUCAGCGGCUAGGAUCGAGCGAUGUCAACAGGAAUCUGCAACAGUACUCACAGCUCAUCAGCACAUCAGAACAACUCCAAUUCAAGAAAUCCUGGACCAAUCACCACCUCAGAAGUACCGCAUUAGAGCUAAGCUGGUGAAUUAUGAGCCAAGAGCUCUCCACCAGUCUGUGAAACUUUAUUGCCCCAAAUGUUGUUCACUGCAGGAGAUUCCAAAUGACGACGAUAUCGACACUGUUUUGCAAGGUCUUUACAGUCCUGGUUCCGCAGCUGUUGACCCUGAUGUCCGGUCACAUGAUGCCGCGUGGUACAAGACAGCCAUGUGGGAGGCAGAAGGUGAAAGACAGCGCCGGAUCACCGUUCAUCUAGUGAGGACAGGUGAAGAGCAAAGUGUUCCAGAGCACUCCACAAUCCUGGUGGAAGGAAUGUCUCUAAAUGAUCUGUAUCGACUCUCCGAGAGAUUUGGAAGGGUCAUUCCUACUAGUUCCAGGACCAAAUGUCUGUCUUUGAAUGACCUUUCCAUUCCAUUCCUUAUAGAAGAUAGAAAAUGGCAUUAUGGCUGCAAGAAUUGUUCUGAUCCACAGCCCGUGAAUGUUCUUCAAUCACUGUCACAAUCAGGAACUUGGGAAUCAUCAGCAAUAGCCAAAGUUUUAGGUGUUCAGCUUCUAAGCUAUGUUUUUGUCAUGAAGUUUACAUUUGAUGAUGGAUCAGGAUCACUUGAUGCAUUCUUGUGGAAUGAGGCGGAAGGAUUCUUUGGGAUUUCUGCAGCUGAUAUUAUGAUCGACGAUGUGCUUCAGGGGAAACUAACAAGAAUAAUGGACACAUUGUGUCCAUCAAGGACAAAUCCAGACAAUGGCCCAUGGUUAGAAUGCUGUGUCAAGUCCUAUUAUGCUGGUGACGGCUCUGAGCAGAAGACAUACUACCAAAUAUUUGAUACUGUUGUAGCAGAAACCGAGGACAUUUAACAUUUGAUUUGUACAACAUUAGCUCGAGUUUGCAGCGAAUGAAUCAUCUCGUCACAUUUCUUUAUUUUAAUGAAUCAAAAUGCAGUGUUUUCUUAAAGAGAAAAAAACACAACUGCAGAAGUUCAAGUACAAAUAAUCAGUUCAAGUAAAUGUAUAACAAGGUUUAGGAAUUAAAAAUGAAAAGUUCAUACUUGGUAGGAAACAGAAUAGAAUACUCUGGCUUUUUAAUAUCUCUUUAGUUUGUGGGUCCUUAUGGCAGAUUUUGUUACCUUAAUAAAUACAAAUUAGCCACUCCUAACUAUAUUUGGAAGUGUACUUGCUUAUAGAAUUCUUGAUGUGAAAAAUAUAAUGAAGGCUACUGCUUUAUAAUAAAACUCAAUUACAUAUGCAGUGAAUACAUGUAAGCCUUUGGCUACAGUACUUGCAAUACUACUUAGGUGAGUGAACACUUUGUUCAUACUAAUGUUACUCAUUUGACUUUUAAUCACAAUCAGGAUUUUUUCCUCAUGAAAUGCUUUUGAGAGUUCUCCUUGUAUUAAUAUCAAUACUGUUUUCUUUUGUACAUAUCACUUACAGGUGUUGCUGAAAAAGAAGGAUGAAUCUUGUCAUCUUGCACUUAUCAGGUCAAAUGCAAGAAUGCCAAAUUUCAAGUGGUCGCAAUUGAUAUUACAGGAGAAAGGGUUGUUGAUCAGUGGCAAGAGGACUGUAAAUUGAUCAAGGCCUUGCCAUAGCGAAAAGGAAAGAAGCUCCCCAUACUCCCAAGGAAAUUUAACAAAAAAUUCCUUUGGUUUUCAGAGAACGCUCCCUGUGGGCGAAUGUGUGCCUCUUAUUUAAAAAAGCUCUAAAUUGGCCAUGUUAUGAGCUUCAUUAAUUGUUGGUGUAGCUGUUAGUUCACAAUUGACUCAUAAGUCUUAGUAAGCAGAGUACUUGACCAGACUUUUACUUUUAGACGCUAUUCUGUAAUUAGACAUCACUUGCUAAAUAAUUCUGAGUGCAAAAUAGAUUGUACAAACAAUCAGUUUAAGAUAAUCAGUUCAGUUCAUAUAGUUGCUAGAAUCAAAAAUCAUUCAAAUGUAAGGACUGCUUUUUUAGCAUUGAAGAGGAACAGGUUCAAGCCUUGUGCAUUUUGCUUUUGAAUUACCCAGAAGCAUGUGGGGCCAUCACUACCUUUUCCAUGGCUACACUUUGGCCAAUGAGAUUUAACCUGCCAACCAGUUAGGAUAAUUCUCUCCAUUAUUAUGAAUUGGUCUGAUCAGUUAACAUCUGGCAUUCUUGUGUUUGUCCUGUUGAGUGCAAGACAAAACAUUUUAGCAACAUAUCUUUCUUUUCAGCAAAUUCAAUGUUUUGUACUACGUGGUCACUUAGAGGUAUCUGUUGUGUUAGACUUUAUAAAGAUUGCCACUUGUUCCCUUUUUGCUACAUAAAAGUGCAUUUGAAAAUGA